AUGACUGCUCAGCUGACCUCGAGAGGGCCAAUACAAUUACGGCACGACAUCUCCGAUGCCGAGGAUGAUGUUGAGUGGCCAUCAGAAGAGGAUUCAGAAGAUGAAGCGUCUGCCAACGGGGCAUCUGCAAGUCCAAGUGACGAUGGGUCUGAGGAGCAGCAUGAUUCUGCCAAUGACAGCGACAAUGCAGACGACACAGAGGACACAGAGCCACCAGAAGAGAAAGAAGUCUUGAAAGACAUUGACUUCGGCACCCUCGCCGAAGCUCAAGAACGCUUCGCACCACAAUCUCGCAAGAGGAAACUGCCCACAGGCUUCGAUGCCGACCACGACGCCGACACCAACACAGCCGCCCGACCACCCGCCGCCAAAGACAGAGACCGCUAUGGACCCCCAGCCAAAGUCUUCUCGACAAUCAAACACGCCCCCGCAAUCCACUCCUCCCGCCAACAAGUCUCCCGCACGCGUUCCAUCUUCUCCCCUCCGCCCGCCACCACGAAAUCCCGCGACCCACGCUUCGACCCUACUGUCAUGUCUGCCACCCUCAACAAAUCCUCGGUCUCAAAAGCCAACAGGAACUACUCCUUCUUGACCUCUUACCAGGCCGACGAAGUCCUCUCCCUAAAACAACAGAUCAAGAAAGCCGCCGCCUCGGGCGAUGUUGAGCAGCAGGAUAGUUUGAAGAGGCAGCUGAUGUCCCUCGAGGCCAAGUUACGGAACAGCGAGAGGGUAGCGCGGGAGGAGAAGGUUGUGGCUGAGCAUAAUGCAAAGGAGAAGGCGGCGAUCAGGGAGGGGAAGAAAGCGAAGCCGUUCUACCUGAAACCCGGGGAGAUCAGGAAGCAAGCGGAGGAGGUGCGAAAGGAAGCCAUGGGCAAGAAAGCAAGAGAUAAAGCCGAGAAGAGGCGGCAGAAGCGGGAGAAGGGGCGGGAUUCGAGGGGGAUGCCGCGGGUGAGGAGGGAGUAA